CCAGCCGCCCGCGGGAGACCGGGCGCCGCGGCCGAGGCGCGAACAGACGGACGCACGGGUGAGCGCCGAGGGGACAGGCCGAGCGCAGGGCGCCCGGAGCAGCUCUGGGGCUUGGUGGGGGCAAUCCCUGCGUCCGGAGAGCGCAGGUGGUACGGAGGCUUCUCCCGCUUCUGUGGGCCGCAGGACCUUCCCGAGGUGAGCACCGCACGCCCACUCUCUGUGGGCCGGAGCCAAGAGGCACUUCCUGGGUGUCGGAGCCCAGAAGGAAGCCAGUGGCCUGGGAAGCACCAGCUGGGUCAGUCUCCAGGUUUGAGACAGGCACUGGCCUCAGACCUGGGCCACACUGAGGUCUGCCCUUCUGCUGGCCGCUGCCCAGGACACCAUGAGCCAGUCCGGGGCUGUGAGCUGCUGCCCGGGUGCCACCAACGGCAGCCUGGGCCGGUCCGACAGUGUGGCCAGGAUGAGCCCCAAGGACCUGUUUGAGCAGAGGAAGAAGUAUUCCAACUCCAACGUCAUCAUGCACGAGACUUCGCAGUACCACGUCCAGCACCUGGCCACAUUCAUCAUGGACAAGAGCGAAGCCAUCACGUCUGUGGAGGACGCCAUCCGGAAGCUGGUGCAGCUGAGCUCCAAGGAGAAGAUCUGGACCCAGGAGAUGCUCCUGCAGGUGAACGACCAGUCACUGCGGCUGCUGGACAUCGAGUCUCAGGAGGAGCUGGAAAACUUCCCGCUGCCCACCGUGCAGCGCAGCCAGACGGUGCUGAACCAGCUGCGCUACCCGUCCGUGCUGCUGCUUGUGUGCCAGGACUCGGAGCAGAGCAAGCCCGACGUCCACUUCUUCCACUGCGACGAGGUGGAGGCAGAGCUGGUGCACGAGGACAUCGAGAGCGCGUUGGCCGACUGCCGGCUGGGCAAGAAGAUGCGGCCGCAGACCCUGAAGGGACACCAGGAGAAGAUUCGGCAGCGGCAGUCCAUCCUGCCCCCUCCCCAGGGCCCGGCGCCCAUCCCCUUCCAGCACCGCAGUGGGGACUCCCCGCAGGCCAAGAAUCGCGUGGGCCCGCAGGUGCCACUCAGCGAGCCAGGUUUCCGCCGCCGGGAGUCGCAGGAGGAGGAGCCGCGGGCUGUGCUGGCUCAGAAGAUAGAGAAGGAGACGCAAAUCCUCAACUGCGCCCUGGACGAUAUUGAGUGGUUUGUGGCUCGGCUACAGAAGGCGGCCGAGGCUUUCAAGCAGCUGAACCAGCGGAAGAAGGGGAAGAAGAAGGGCAAGAAGGGGCCAGCAGAGGGCGUCCUCACGCUGCGGGCACGGCCCCCCUCUGAGGGCGAGUUCGUCGACUGCUUCCAGAAAAUCAAGCUGGCGAUUAACUUGCUGGCAAAGCUGCAGAAGCACAUCCAGAACCCCAGCGCCGCGGAGCUCGUGCACUUCCUCUUCGGGCCUCUGGACCUGAUCGUCAACACCUGCGGUGGCCCAGACAUCGCACGCUCCGUCUCCUGCCCACUGCUCUCCCGAGAUGCCGUGGACUUUCUGCGUGGCCACCUGGUCCCUAAGGAGAUGUCGCUGUGGGAGUCGCUGGGAGAGAGCUGGAUGCGGCCCCGCUCCGAGUGGCCGCGGGAGCCGCAGGUGCCCCUGUACGUGCCCAAGUUCCACAGUGGCUGGGAGCCCCCCGUGGAUGUGCUGCAGGAGGCCCCCUGGGAGGUGGAGGGGCUGGCGUCUGCCCCCAUUGAGGUGAGUCCAGUGAGCCGACAGUCCGUACGAAACUCCCAGAAGCACAGCCCCGCUUCAGAGCCCACCCCCACGGGGGAUGCCCUACCACCAGUCAGCUCCCCACAUACUCACAGGGGCUACCAGCCAACACCAGCCAUGGCCAAGUACGUCAAGAUCCUGUACGACUUUACAGCCCGAAACGCCAACGAGCUAUCAGUGCUCAAGGAUGAGGUCCUAGAGGUGCUGGAGGACGGCCGGCAGUGGUGGAAGCUGCGCAGCCGCAGCGGCCAGGCGGGGUACGUGCCCUGCAACAUCCUGGGCGAGGCGCAGCCCGAGGACGCCGGCGCCCCCUUCGAGCAGGUCGGUCAGAAGUACUGGGGCCCCGCCAGCCCGACCCACAAGUUGCCCCCAAGCUUCCCGGGGAACAAAGACGGUGAGAGCUGCUGCUUCCAGGCGGAGGUCCCGGGUCCAGAGCCACCUGGGGGAGGAAGGGUGGGGAGGUCCCUGGGCCGGGGGCGGGAGCAGGGGCAAGGCAGCGGUGGGCCUGAGUCGCGCCCCCCCUCAGAGCUCAUGCAGCACAUGGACGAGGUCAACGACGAGCUCAUCCGGAAAAUCAGCAACAUCAGGGCGCAGCCACAGCGGCACUUCCGCGUGGAGCGCAGCCAGCCGGUGAGCCAGCCGCUCACCUACGAGUCGGGUCCCGACGAGGUCCGCGCCUGGCUGGAAGCCAAAGCCUUCAGCGCGCGGAUCGUGGAGAACCUGGGAAUCCUGACUGGGCCGCAGCUCUUCUCCCUCAACAAGGAGGAGCUGAAGAAGGUGUGCGGGGAGGAGGGCGUCCGCGUGUACAGCCAGCUCACCGUGCAGAAGGCCUUCCUGGAGAAGCAGCAAAGUGGGUCGGAGCUGGAAGAACUCAUGAACAAGUUUCAUUCCAUGAAUCAGAGAAGGGGGGAGGACAGCUAGGCCUGGCUGCCGCGGGCGGGGGCCUGCGGAGGGGAAGCCCACGCCCAGUGCAUGGAGUAUUAUUUUUAUAUGUGUAUGUAUUUUGUACCAAGGACGCGGAGGGGGCGCGGUGCUGGCUAGGGGUCCCUGCCUCUGUCUGGAGGCACAAGGCCCAUCCUUAGGACCAGCAGUACCCAAGGCCCCAGCCCAUACCAAGACCAGUCUAAGCCAAACCUGCCCCCUGGUGGUGCCAGCCCCUUGUCCACCUUCCCCUGAGGCCACAGAACUCCCUGGGGCUGGGGCCUCUUUCCCUGGCCUCCCCUGUGCACCUGGGGGGUCCUGGCCCUCGUGAUGCUCCCCCAUCCCCACCCACUUCUACAUCCAUCCACACCCCAGGGUGGGCUGGAGCUCCAGGCUGGCUGGGCUGAGCCCCGCACACACGCAGGGUUCUGCUCCCUGAGGGGGGCCUGGGAGGGGCUCCAGCAGGAGGCAGUGGCUGCCAUUGGGGGGAAGGGGGGGAAUGACACACGCUUCACCUGCAAGGGCCGAGGAUGCAGGGGACACCAUGCAGGCUUCAGACACCCCCAGCGCCCACCCUCACAGGCCCAGGAGUGGAGCUUUCUCUGGCCAAGUUUCAGGCCAAUGAUCUCCGCAUGGUGUUGGGGGUGCUGUUGUGUCUUGGUGCCCGAACUUGAGUCUCACCCAAGAGAUAAGAGGUGGCCCAGGCACCAGGGCGAAACAAUUAAACCAGUUAAGUCUCCCAGGA